AUGGCCCGCUCUUCUGCAAAAGAGUUGGCCAAUAACGAUCCUGAAAUUGAAAAAACUUUGCGAUUGUGCAGGAAAGGACAAAUAUCGUCUCAAAACAUAACUUAUAACAGAAUGGAGCACCAAUUAGAAGAUGAUAACAAUCCACUACAAAUUCCACCACCAGCUCAUGUAGAGGAGCAGUUUGAUGAAGUGGCGCCAAGACCACCAAACAGAAUCCUAAGGGAUUAUGCUAGACCUGAUCACUUUAACUGUGAAUCUAGUGUCAGGAAACCUCCAGUAGCAGCCAAUAACUUUGAAAUCAGGACAGGCCUGAUUCAAACAAUUCAACAAUCUUGCAUUUUCACUGGUGAUCUAAGUGAAGAUCCACAUAGUCAUUUAAUUGACUUUUUAGAAUUAGUUGAAACUGCAAAGUAUAAUGGAGUACCUCCUGAAGCAAUUAAGUUAAGGCUAUUUCCUUUUUCUUUAAAAGGAGAGGCCAAAACUUGGUUACGAAGUUUGCCGCAAGGGUCUAUUACCACAUGGGACCAAAUGACUCAGAAAUUUUUAAAUAAAUAUUUUUCCCUGCUAAAACAACAAAGUUAA